CUGCUCAACUUGUUAAGGGUGUCCCAAUCUGCCUCAGCAGCCCAGAUCAGUCCAGCCCCUCUCUCGCUCUCUUUCUCUCUCUCUCUCAUAAGAGCAGUGCAUGCACAUACACUCGCACACACACCCACCUACCACGCAGAGACACACUCUCAGGCGCGCUUACACACACGCAGACACACACGCAGGCAGGCACAGAAGGGCACACCGAGCAACCUCAUCUACCAGCUAAAAGACACAGCCCCAUAACAGUAGACCAGCAUGGAUGCACUGAAGAAGGGAUUCUCCAUGGCCAAGGAGGGCGUCGUGGCGGCAGCAGAGAAGACCAAGGCAGGAGUGGAGGGGGCAGCUGCCAAAACCAAGGAGGGGGUCAUGUAUGUGGGGAACAAGACAAAGGACGGGAUGGUAGCAGGUGUGAACACAGUGGCCCACAGAACGACUGACCAAGCCAAUAUUGUCGGGGACGCAACGGUUGCCGGGGCCAACGAGCUGUCUCAACAAACAGUGGAGGGGAUGGAGAAUGCAGUGGUGAACUCCGGAUUGGUGAACCAGGAACAGGAAGAAGCUGUAGCUCUGGAGGCUAAGCCUGAGAGUGACUUCUCUCAGGCAGCUGAGCAGGCAGGACAGUAGGAGUGUUGGUUCUGACCUCAGUGAUCUGCAGCGGCCUCCCUCGUCCUCUCUUCUGGAAGAAAUCCUGUGUUAGCUGCUGCUUGUCCUGCGUCUCCCAUCGUCAACUCUUGUUCCUUGGGAGCACCCCCACCCCCGGUGUGUCCCCUCUGAUGCUUUCUUUGUGUGACUCGAUUGAAACUAAACAUUCUGAAAGAUCCACCCCAUCCACAACACCCCUCACCAUACACCCUACACAUUCCUGACCUUAUGCCUUUACCGUCCAUGUACCUCACCCCUGAAUAUUAUCCCACCUUACCACUGUGACUAUCCCCACCCCUCUAUACCCUUUGCCCACCACUCCAGAUCCCCCUACAUGAUACCACACAUACACAUACACAAACAAACAGUUCACACA